AUGGCUGAAGAACUGAGCAAGAACUUUGAGACUCUCCAGCUCCAUGCGGGCCAGGAACCCGAUCCGACCACAAACUCGCGCGCCGUCCCCAUCUACGCGACCACGAGUUUCACCUUCAAUGACUCGGCUCACGGCGCGAGGCUCUUUGGCCUCAAGGAGUUUGGCAACAUUUACAGCCGUAUCAUGAACCCCACAGUCGACGUCUUCGAGAAGCGCAUCGCCGCGCUCGAGGGCGGUGUCGCGGCCCUGGCCACCUCUUCUGGCCAAGCCGCCCAGUUCAUCGCCAUCAACGCCCUCGCGCACGCCGGCGACAACAUCGUCUCCACCUCGUUGCUCUACGGCGGCACCUAUAACCAGUUCAAGGUCUUCCUCCCCCGCCUCGGCAUCCACACAAAGUUUGUCGACGGCGACCGCGUCGAGGAUAUCGCUGCCGCCAUUGACGACAAGACCAAGGCCGUCUACGUCGAGAGCAUCGGAAACCCAAAGUACAACGUCCCGGACCUCGAGGCUAUUGCCAAGGUUGCGCACGAGAAGGGCGUUCCCGUCAUCGUCGACAACACCUUUGGCGCAGGCGGCUACUUCAUCCGCCCCAUCGACCACGGCGCCGACAUCGUAGUCCACUCGGCGACAAAGUGGAUCGGCGGCCACGGCACCACCAUCGGCGGCGUCAUCGUCGACAGCGGCAAGUUCAAAUGGGACAACGGCCGCUUCCCGCAAAUGACGGAGCCCUCGGACGGCUACCACGGCCUCAAGUUCUGGGAGACUUUUGGCCCCAUCACCUUCAUCAUCCGCGCCCGCGUCGAGAUCCUCCGCGACCUCGGCGCCUCCCUGAACCCCUUUGCCGCCCAGCAGCUCAUCAUCGGCAUCGAGACCUUGUCGCUGCGCGCCGAGCGCCAUGCGCAAAACGCCCUCGCGCUCGCCAAGUGGCUUGAGGCUAGCGACUAUGUGAGCUGGGUGUCGUACCCCGGUCUCGAGAGCCACCCGUACCACGAGACGGCUAAGAAGUACCUCAAGCGCGGGUUUGGUGGUGUCUUGAGCUUCGGCGUUAAGGGCGGUGGCGAUGCUGGCAGCCAGGUUGUCGAUGGCUUCAAGCUCAUUUCCAACCUCGCCAACGUCGGUGACUCCAAGACCUUGGCUAUUCACCCCUGGACCACCACCCACGAGCAGCUCUCUGACGAGGAGAAGACGAGCUCCGGCGUCAGCGAGGACCUCAUCCGCAUCUCGGUCGGCACGGAGCACAUUGACGACAUCAUUGCCGACUUUGAGCAGUCCUUCAAGAACGCCUCCUCCGCUUCCACCACGGGCAAGCCCGCCCCCGCGGCCGAGACCAAGCAGGACGACGCGCCGCUUGCGCCGUAG